AUGCGCGGCACUGUUUUGAGUCGGCUUUACGAAGUACCAAGUCCUGGGGCUCCUCUUUUGGCAGGGGAAGGCAGCGGUCUGGAGACCUGCCUGAGGAUCGCGGAUCGCCUUUAUUUUGCAAUUCUUUACCAAAAACCAAAGAGUGGAGCUGCAAAUACCCAUUACUUCUGCAUAGAUGAUGAACUUGUGUAUGAGAAUUUCUAUGCAGACUUUGGACCACUCAAUCUGGCAAUGGUCUACAGAUACUGCUGCAAGCUAAACAGGAAAUUAAAGUCAUUUUCAUUGAUAAGGAAGAAAAUAAUUCAUUAUACUGGCUUUGAUCAGAAAAAGCAAGCAAACGCUGCAUUCCUCAUAGGCUCCUACGCAAUAAUAUACCUGAGAGAAUCCCCAGAUGAUGUGUACAGGCUUAUAUUGUCAGGAAGUGUUUCCUAUCUUCCUUUCAGGGAUGCUUCCUUUGGUACUUGCAGUUUUCAUCUGACAUUACUGGACUGUUUUCAUGCAAUAAACAAGGCUUUGCAGUAUGGUUUCCUGGAUUUUAGUACGUUUGAUGUAGAUGAAUAUGAGCAUUAUGAAAGAGCAGAAAAUGGAGAUUUUAACUGGAUAAUACCAAACAAAUUCAUUGCCUUCAGUGGACCUCAUUCAAGAAGUAAAAUUGAAAAUGGCUAUCCCCACCAUGCUCCAGAGGCUUAUUUCCCAUACUUCAAGCAAAAUAAGGUCACCACUAUAAUACGCCUCAACAAAAAACUGUAUGAUGCCAAACGAUUUACAGAUGCUGGAUUUGAGCAUUUUGAUCUCUUCUUUGCUGAUGGAAGCACACCUAGUGAUACUAUAGUUAAAACAUUUCUAAAUAUUUGUGAAAAUGCUGAAGGUGUGAUAGCUGUUCAUUGCAAAGCUGGUCUUGGACGAACAGGCACACUUAUUGCUUGUUACAUCAUGAAGCAUUAUCGGAUGACAGCUGCUGAAUCUAUUGCCUGGAUCAGAAUAAAUAGACCUGGUUCUGUGAUUGGACCACAACAGCAUUUCCUGAUGGACAAACAGGCAGAACUUUGGACAGAAGGGGAUAUUUUCCGUGCAAAGUUGAAACGAAACCAUAAAAUUGCUGUAACAAGAAUUCUGUCAGGAGUAGAUGAUAUUUCAAUUAAUAACACAAGAAACAGGAGAACCAUCCAAAAGGACAUUGAACUGUACAGUGAUGAUGAUGAAACAAACUGUUUAACACAAGGGGAUAAGCUUCGUGCUCUGAAAAGCAAAAGGCAAGCAAAAGCUCCAACUCCAUCUCCACUAGCAGUAACUCUGCAGUCCAGUGUUCAGAAAAAUAAAACCUCUGAACCUAGCAUUUCUGACAGUACAGACAUUACUAAAAGAACUACCAGGUCUGCUGCAAGAAAAAACAGUUUAAAAAGCCAAUCCGUCACAAAGACUAGAACAGUAUUGCGCUGAAUUUCGAAUAAGCCACCAGUGUUGAAGAGGAUAUUCAGGAGUGAAGGGGAUAUAGAGGGGACUUGAUGCAAUUCAAGGAAGAUCACUUUGGCUCUAUUUUUCAGUAAAAAAUGAAAUAGAACAAUCUCUUUUUUACUUGUAGAAUAAAAUGUACUCUCAACAUGUUUGGUAGACUUUUUUUCUACCAUGCUAACAUUUUCUCAAAACCAACAUAAUCUACGUACAUUCAGACUCAGGUGUAAAUAUUUAAGCUCUCUAUUAUAAAGAGGGCUUGCUAGUAUGUAUGAUGCAUGUGUACGAAUUGUGAUGGCAAUCACUUAGCUGCUGAUCACCAGAUGGUUGGAGCUUUUAAGUAUAUAAAUCUGUGUUGUGCAUUCAGACUGGGUUGAAGUCUUCACUUGAGUCUGAGAAUCAACCACAAAAGCUUUUAUUUCUAAUAGUAUUGGUAAUCUCCUGUGUUGAUUGGCUGUUCUUUCUUACUUUGUAUGAAGUUUUUUAUGAAGCUGCAGUAUUGAGUACACAGUGUAACUAUUGUCCACCAAAGAGUGCUUUACUGUCAAAGGUCAUGUGGUUUAUUUAGGAAAAACUAACUGUAAGUGAUUAACUUGUUUUUAGUAGUGACAGCUUUUUAGUUGUUCACAACCAACUGCUCUUUAAGCUAGUUAAAACUGCUUUAAAUCUGAUAUGAUUUUAAAGGGGAGGAAAAACACUACCAUUUAAAGCAGUGCUGUCAUAUUGAAAUGUCAUUACUGAAUGUUUCAUUACUGAAACAUUAUUGUUUCUUUUCCUAUCAAGACCUUUUAUGUGAAACUUUAAAUUACCAUAUAUGAGAGGUAAGAAGGUAAGAAUCCCCCCUAGAUUUCAUUGGUACGCUUGAUAACACAUGGACAGUGCUUUGCGACACUUAAUGAGUGUAGCACACAAAAAAAAGGGAAAAUAAGGGUGCCAUACAACUGAGGUAGUGGAAUUCAGGGGCAGGUAAAAAUUUUGACACCUAACACUUUAGAACUACAAUUCACCUCUGGCAAAAAGCAGUGUGCUUGAGACUGAAAAAGUACUGUGGUUUUUCUCCUACUAUUUUUCACAUUAUGACAUUUCAAAACUUGAUGUACUCUCGUCCACCAGCUAGCUGAUGGUUAUAGCUGCAUAACCCUCAGAUGAGAGCUGUUACCAUAUAGCCUUAAACAUAAAUCAGUUAAAUGUUGAUUUAAUGACUCUGACAGUACAAAGUGGAAGAAAUUAAGAAAUCUGCAAUGUUAGUAAUGGAGUAACUGAAGUUUUUAAAGAUGCAGAUUACCUCUGUGAGAGGGGGAAAUUUCAAUGAAUGUAAAUGUUUAGUGACCAGUUUCAAUCUACAUCCUUUUGAAUGGCAACUAAGCCUGCUGUGAGGUUGGUGAUUUUUGAAUGCCAGUAUGAAUAUCACACAGUGGUUUUAAAAUAUUUUCUAGCAAAAGAAUCAUGAAUUGGAAACAGGAUGUGAAGUGUAAGCAAGCUUACAGAUAACAUCCAUGUGCUUAGACAGUCAAAAUCUGCAAACAUGAAUACAAAUUAAAAAGAAAAAUUUUAAUGCAAAAUAAAGGACAACUGAAGGCUCAGUCUGAAAAUAUUUUGUUUUCUUCUUAAACUUCCCUUUUCCCCUCCUUUUCGUCUAGAUAAAAAGCAUCUAAAAGAGAGGGACUGAUCUCAUCCUGAUAAUGCAAUUAACAUUUCUUGGGCUUUGGAUGGGGUUGCUUUGUUUGCUUUGGCACAGGUUAUUUGUUUUUUUGGGGGUUGUUUCAGUUUAGGGCAUUUUGGGUUUGGUUUGUUUGGUUAGGCGUUUUUUAGUGGAGGUUGUGUGGUUUGGGUUGGUUUUUUUGGUUGGGUGUUUUUUUUAGUAAGCCAUUUUGUACAAAAAGCUUAUGUACAGGUAACCACAAUAGUAGGUCUGUUGUGCAAUUAUGAGCCUAUGCUUAUUUUUUAACAAAAUUCUCAUCUUGGAAGGCAAAAGGGAUGCAAAUAGUGAA